AAAAGGAAGCGCUGAACUACUUUUAAGAAGACCAAAAGAAGCUUCAACAUUCUUCUAUUUCCAUAUGCUGACAUGACCGUUCCUCUUCUACGCAAACAAAAACCCGUGAUCCGACAAAACUACACUUUGUUUUCCAGUUAAACUCCAAACCCUUAUUGAGUUCUGAGUCGCCGCCGAGUUUAAAGGGAAAUGGAAAAGCCGGAUUCUACCUCCGGUUCCGGUGGUUCCACUGUAUAUAAUACUGUUUUCAUUGAUACCAGCCUCGACACCCACCUCGCGAUGAUCGUCUCCGAUUCAGACACUGUUUCUGAUCUUAAAAAAAAGAUACUGUAUGAACACCCAUUGUGCUUUCCUAAGAUUGGGGAGAUAAAGAUUAAUGCCUUAAAGGUAAAGCGCAAAGGAUAUCUUUAUCACCUUUCAGAUUCCAUGUUUGUAAAAAGUGCUUUUGGUGGAGUGAGCAAAAGUUGGUUUCUUUCUGUUGAUGCCUCAAGCUCAGAAGAGCAUAUGGAAAAUCAUAAUUCCUGCAAACCUGGUACUGGCAUUACAACCAAUAAUUCUUCAGCUGAUGUGGUUGAUCUUCUACCUGUUGGUGGUGGUCCUUCCAAAAUACUGUCCAACAUCAAUGAUGCGUCAUUGCCACAAGAUGGAAAGAACCAUCAUGCAAAGCAGAAUUCUGCUUCUCAACAGGUUGGUUUUAGUAAUUGCACACAAGAAAAUCAAGAAAAUUUGCAGAUGGAAGUUGAACAUAUGGCUGAUAGUAAUUCUAAGGUUUUGUUCCCUGCUACCAGUAAGGAGUCAAGGCCAAAGGUACAUCAGAAAAAUGUUGGCGAUAACAAAAUAUGUGAAGAUCUACCAGCUUCUGUAGAUGCAUCUGUUUUAAAGGAAAAGCACAAAAUUAAAAAGAGAAACAAAGAUGCCAUCCAUUGUCAUGAUGUGAAAGAAAAUGGUGCUUUUGUUGUUGAAUCUGGUAAAGAUGCAUUCAAUUCAGACAAUGUAAUCAAGGAAAAUUCAUUUCAGAAUGGAAUAUGUGCGGUUUUGAAUGAUAUGAAUUUGGGAAACCAAAUUCAUGUUGAUGAAAACUGCAGGAGUUUGUCUUCUCAUAGAUAUAAGAGAUCGGCCAUGGCUGAUGAGGGCUCAAAAGUUCCAGGAGAACAUUUGGAAUGUGAAACUAAUAAACAUAAAGAUGUUUCUCUCAGUGAGCAAGGGUAUAAGUCAACAGAAAAUUCCUCACAAUAUGGGCCUACAUCAAAGAAAAAGCGUAAAGUUGAGAGUAAAGAUGGUAAUGAAAAUUCUUUAAUAGAAAAUGGAGUUUUAAUUUCUGACUUCGAUAAAGAAGGCACUGGACCCGAUACUACGGCCUCUAAGCCCUCUUUAGGUCAAAAACUGGAAAGUACAAGUGCUGCCUUAGACCAUUGUAAUACAGAAUCUGUAAAAGAAAACCGUUUGUUGAUUGCCAAUGCAAGUUGUGGGAGGAAGAAAAAGAAAAGGCAAAAAUCAAAUCCUAGUCAAGGAGGUAGUGAAAUAUCUUCUGCAAAAGAUGUUUAUGUGGAUGCUUUUCAGGCCAUAGAAGCUAUUAAUCACAAAGAUUUGGGCAGUGAAGCUGAUGCAGGACUUGUACUUGGAAAAUUUUCUAUGGAUGGAGCAAUUCCUGAACAUUGUCUGAUCUCUUUGACGGAGAUGCAAGAAGAUACAAAUAAAGUGCCCCACUCAGAGGUAGGUGAUGAUGGUUUGGCUGAUACUAGUGAUGGCAACAUGGAAAGCCAAAAUGAAGCACCUGAACCAGAUGUUGUGUCGGGAAUAAAGACAAGAGAUUCAAUUGAUCAGAAUGCCUGUCAUGUGAACCGCAAUCCCACACUUGUGUCCCAAGAGGGAACUAAUCUCCAGAAUGACAUUGGUGUUUCAGGGCAUGAAAAUAAAAGUGGUACAUUGGAAGAUAAAAUUGUGGAACCUAAGACGUCUUCCAAGAAAAUGAAGAAGUCCAAGAAGACUAAGGAUCUGGUUGGAGGAAAAGAAGCAGUAGAUCAGAUACAUGAUAGAGGUCCUGCAAGUGAUUUAUUUCCUGCAGAGCGUCCUGCGUCUGUGAGUGGUGUCCAUUUGAGUGAUAAUCCUGAGCAAGAUGGCACAACUGAUGGAAAAGAGGAAUCACAAAUGAAAACAUCAGACAGUUUGCCUGCAGUUACUGAUGUGAGAGCUGAUGAUGUAAUUCGAGAUGUGCCGAAGUCCUUGCAGCAAUGCAACAAUCGUCCAGCAAAUGUGGAAAAUAUGGACAAGAAAUCAAGGAAGAAAACUAAGAAGAAAAGUUCUACUGUUGUGGACACACCGAAAUUGGGAGGAAAAGGUGAUGUCGAUCACCGGGAUCCAAUAAUCCUGGCUGAUAACAUGAGUGAUGUGAGUGCUUCAUGUAAAUCCUCAAGGAAGACUGUGAACGUGAAUUUAAGUUCAACAGCUGAAUUGAAUGAAUCGAAUUUGGGAUCUAAGAAUACAGGUGUUGGAUUUAGCCCUGUCCGUACUCAACUUGGCUCAUCCCAAAAUACACUUAAAACCAAUCAUGAUGGAAGGUCUAUUCAAGAUGUUGUCAAUGUUGAUCACCCUAAAAGCACCUGUGUAGAUCAUGCUAAUAACAGCAUAGAAGUUCACAGUGAAAGUGAAAGGAUCAAAAGCCAACGCCAGCAUGAAAUUGUUGAUUCUGGCGAGAUGCCUAUUGAUAAAGUAACAGAAAAAAGAGGAGUGGAAACUGAGGUGAAAGGAAAAAAGAAGAAGAGGAAACGUGAAGUACAGUCUGGUGGAUCUAGAGCUGAUUUACCAUCUUCACAGAUGUUAAUUGGGAAUCAACAUAAGGAAGCAAAAGCUCAAGCUGCCAAAUCUAGCUCCAUCCUAUCUCCAAGAUCUUCAUUGAAAGUUGAACCAUACAGCUCGAGUGUUCAAUCAAGUAAGACUCAUUUGUCCAUUUCUGAAAGUGCAGUGAGAGAAUCUCUGCAAACUAAUAAAUCUGACAAAACCAAUUCCAUUCCUAAAGGAGCUCAAAAGCUCAUUGACAUCAAUUCUUCAAGGGCACACACCCAUUUGGAGAAAAACAAUGCUAGUGCUGUAUCAAGCUCUACUGUAGAGAGAUCUAAAAUCACCACUAAUCUAAACAAAGGAGGUAAUGAGCGGCGAUCUCAUCUGGAAAUUGCAAAAUCUACGAGAAGUAAUCAUGGGGAAGUUGUCAACAGCUUGGCAAAUAAUAAGAGCUUACUUUCUACAAUGGGUACAAUAUUUAAGCAUGAUGAUAAGGAGAGUUCUGAUGAUGAAGAUGGAGUGGACAACUCAGAUGCCAGUACCAGAACUCCAUCAGAUAGUUCAUCAUCAUCUGACAGUGGUGUUAAUGUUAGUUCAUCACAAAAUGGAUCUUAUAACUCAGAAGGGAAAGAAGGUGGUGGAAGAAACAGAAGAAAACCAGGAUCUUCUAGCCCAAAGAGCAUGUCCUUGCAUGCAAUCCUUCGCAAUUCAAGCAGUUACAAGAAAGCCAAACUAACAGCUUCUCAAGACCUUGAUACUCAGACUGAUGAAUUUGUUCCAGAUGGUCAGGCAACAUAAUCAGAAUUUUUUUUUUUUUAAUGUGUUUAUGGGGUGGAUUUUUGUUCUCCUUAACCAUGAAGCAGGGGUCAAUCUUGUGCUCUCCGAUGUCAAUGUUAGGGACUGUGUUGCCACCCCGACACCCCUUGUCUUGUAGUUUUCUGUAGUGUAUAGUACAUUAUCGGUAUGCAAGGAAAUUUGAUAACAAUGGAAGUGAAUGUAAUUUGCGCCCUGAAAGUGUGUUGAUGAAUUUAGUACUUUGGAAACUUAUAUUUAUACCCUCUUUUCCAACUCCAUUCUCUCCUAACAAUAUAAAAUUACGAUUAAAAAUCUGGAUUUCAUUGAAUUAAUUGUUCUGAAUCUGAUGGAGAGGACAUGGCAGUUUUCAAUUGCAAUGUCCUGGAGCCUAGUGAUUUUGUGCUGUCGUUUAGUUGAGAACCUUGUCUUAAAGUCAAUCUUGUAUUCACUUACACGACCGUGCCAAGAAACUGUGUAUGAGCAAUCCAAAAUUUUGGAGUUAUACAAAAAUCGUGGAACCAAAAAUAACACUUUAUUCCUUUGUUUGGAAAACAGAGGAAGUUAUUCCCAGAAAUGGCGCCUCCAGUUUCAAUAAAUAAAUA